UGUGUAUAUAUAAAAAAAUGACUUUCGGAAGCCAUAUGAGCAGCCCAGUUGGAACGUCCCUCUCUCAGUAGUAGUAAAAUGGCGACAUCGCUCUGGGCUCUACACUUUCUCUGUCUAAGUUGGGUCGGAAAGGUUGUGACGCAAACAUCCGGUUCCGACUUCAGCGCGCGGUGGGAUUCUGCCUCUUCGCGAAAUGCGGCCGAAUCCGUCACACCGACAGCCGUUUCGGGAGCCACGGAGUUUGACUACACAGCAUCAACCGCUAGCUUCCUCCACAGCACAACAGAGUCUGUCUCCAUAGCAACUGCGACGCCUCACGUCACUUCCGCUGCCGCCACCACACAGCCUCGAAUAAUCCCGACAGAUACAACAGCGACACCUGCUGGUAACGGCCCAGACUGCCCCUGCGAUGUCACCUCUCGGUUUUGUGACAUCGGCUGUUGCUGCGAUGUGAUCGACUGCAACAUCGCUGACUUGAGUUCUGUCUUCACUGGUUGUGAGACUGAACAAAGGUAUGGAGUGUGUGUCGAGAGCUGGCUCAUGUUCAGGGGGAACGUUGAUCCGGCCCUCAUAACCGUCAACGAAUCCGUCUUCUGUGUACGUCCACAAGGUGAUCCGACAGAGCAGCAGGUCCUUCCUGUCCUUCCUGUCCUCCCUUACCUUCCAAAGGUUCAGGAUUCCUACUCCUUCUCUGCACAGGCACUGCAGUCCUCCAGCCCUGCAGACAGAGGCUUCUACAUGGUUGAUGAUGUCAUUCUAAGCUAUUAUAGCGGCUUGUCUGUGAUAGGCGUGCUGAGACAGCCAUCACGUGGGACGAGCACUUCGCUGUGCGUGGAGCGGAACCCUGCGAGAUUCCUGCGCUCUGGCUCUCUCUCCUGCUCUCGCUUGUUGACUCGGCAGUCCUGCCUCUCGGACCCUGGGUUCAGCGCCCGCUCCUAUUUUUCUGAACUUAGCCUGCUCAAGGCUCCAGUCCCCCAGAACGUGUCCAUACCAGGCUUUACGAUCACAGUCCUUCCACUGGCAGAGUGGCCGGAGCCCCACUUGGAGAACGGCUCCUGUUUCAACGUGGUAUCAAAGGUGGAGUACACUGUCAGGUACACAAGUGGGGGUCUGGUUACCAAGGUGACUGUGAACGUAACCCUGACAGACAGCGAUGUGGAUGUUCAGCUGCUGCAGCAGCAUGCUGUACGCUAUCAGCUGGCCACACCUUCUCCAACACCUGCCUCUACUCCAGCCGUUGGACUGAAGCUGGGUGCUCCAGUCACUGGUCGCUUCAACAACAAGAUUGAGCCUCUCACAGUACAGGGGGUGCCACAGGGGGGAGACUGUUUAAACACUCCUCAUGCCAGGGUCCCGCUCCUCUUUGGGCAAAACUACAUCACUGGCUGUACCUUCAGAGCUAUACCAAAAAACUGUUCUGAGCUACAGUCUCAGCUCUCUGGGGUUCUUCAAGGGGUCUCGACCCCAGACGUUGUGGCCAUGAGUGCAGGAUCGCGGCCCGAGUGGACAAGGGUCAUCACGCAAGACUGCAUUAGUGUCCCCACGGAGGGGCUCUGCCAGUCAGGCUGCGUUGUCCCCGUGUCCCUCUCUAUCCAGAUCCUGUGGGCCAAGCGAGGACGACUGUCUUUACCCCAGAAUUACAUAUUAGGUGCAAAGUUUCUCUUUAGCUGUCGGAAUGUGAAGUGUCCUCUCAUUGCUCCUGUCGCCGUGACAACAGAGGUGACCUUUUCUGAGGCUACAGUUUACCCAGCACCCCCCAGAGGUCAGCCACAACCUCACUGGAAGUUCCCGUUUGGCUUUUUCUCCCGAGGGGCAGAUGAGCGGGACAGCGGCCCAGUGCUGAACUGCUGCGCAUGCAGCAAGGCAUUAUGGGGAAGCACCGCAUGGCUUUUAGGUUUUAUUCUGUCAGUGAUAGUCUGAGCCCUAAAGCUGUAAGAUGGAAAAAAAUAGUUCUAACUUGUAACAAAGGCAACAAGCAAUAUUUGUACAGUCAGUUUCGUUCCCCUUUUCCUGGCAAGGGUCAUG